CUUCACUCAUACGCACCCGAUCCGCGUUCUCCUCCCAAGAGACCUCGCUCCCUGAGUGAAACUGCCACGGGGUCUUUAUUGGUAGUGCUGCUCAGUUCAUAGCCCGUCGACCCACGGUGACUGUCCAAGUGCAGCCUACAGUACCCAAGCGUCCAAUUCCCCUCCUGGCCCGAGAGUCCCCUCGAUCUCGCAGCGUUCUGCUACCGAGACCUACUUCAAUUUUCGUCAGAAGAAAAGUGUUGAACGGCUGUAUGCCUUGAGCGCACUGCUACGAUUCAACACCUACUCUAAACCCCUCCACCCCGCGCCAUCCACAUCUCUGUCCGCCCACCUUGCUGGUACGAUAAUACCUCUUUCAGCGAACAACUGCGCCUCGACAUUGCGCAGGUAACAGCUCUGCCAAUCUGUCUGCAGAACCAAUCUCCGUUCUGGCCGCCGGCCUGGACAGGCUCGAAAUCGAUUCCGAGUACUCUGAAUCUCUUUACUACCAGCAAUUUACCAGUUCCUCUGCCACGAUCUCAGACAUGUCGCAAUCCUCGUCUCAAAGUCCAGACAGCUGGAUCGGCCAAUUUUGCAGCCUUGUGGGUCACGAGUACUUUGCGGAAGUUAGCGAGGACUUUAUUGAAGAUGAUUUCAACCUCACAGGUCUUCAAGCACAAGUACCAAUGUACAAGGAUGCCCUGGAAAUGAUUCUUGAUGUUGAACCUUCAGAUACAAAUUCCUCGGCGCUGUCCGAAGAGGAGGACGAAGAGGAAGAAGAGGAGGAUGACGGCUUAUUGGGGGACGAACUGGACGAGCCAGCUGCGAAUGGUGGUGCAAGGCGACAAUCAGGUGUUCCAGCUGGCGGUAGACGGCAUGGUCGCUCGUCCUCUGACACAUCGGUAAUCGAGUCCUCUGCAGAACUUCUGUAUGGCCUGAUUCACGCUCGGUACAUCACAUCAAGACCGGGUAUUCAGCAGAUGAUGGAAAAGUACGAACUGUCGCAUUUUGGGUUUUGCCCGCGAGUUUACUGUGCUGGCGCGAAAGUGUUACCAGUGGGCUUGACAGAUACUCCUGGUCAACAGACAGUCAAGCUGUUCUGUCCAAGUUGUUUGGACGCUUACACUCCUCCAAACUCCCGAUUCCAGGCGGUUGACGGAGCAUUCUUCGGGACGACAUUCCCUUACUUGUUUUUGAUGUCUUAUCCAGAUCUGGAAAUUGCCCCCGUCAAAAAACAGAGAGCACGAGACUCAACGAAUCAAGGAAUUGAUGACGUGGAAAGCGUAGUAAGUCCCAAUGAGCCAAACGCGACGCGUGGAGGUAUCACGGCCAGUCGAAGCUCGAGUCUUACGUUACCGCAACCUCCUGCUAUUCCAGGAAUCACGCCGGCAAAAGAUGAUAAACACGUGGUGACGAACCCUCAGCCAGCCCUGCCACCUCAGCCCGCGACAAUCAAUGGAAUUGCAACAAAUAAUCUUGCGCCCGGUCUAGGGAAAGGCAAGAUUUACGAAACGAAGAUUUACGGCUUUCGAGUUUCGGAGCGGGCUAAGAGUGGUCCAAGAAUGAAGUGGGUACGAUCGAAACCUGCAGACAUUAACGAGCUAGAUGAGGCAAGGUUAUGGCAUGAAAGAUAUGGGGGAACGGUGGACGGCGAUCCAGAUGAAGAGGCGGAGGAGACUCCUGGAGAGCAGGAGGAUGAGGAUGCCGAGGACGAGCUUGCUGAUGGCGAUGGCGAUGCUAUUAUGGCUAGUCAGAGUCAGGCCAACAGCACUGUCUCGAAAGUGAAACAAAAUCCCGCAAAAGCAAGACGAAAGCCUGCUGGCCAACAGGAGAGCCAGCAGCAGGAAAACGCGAACUGGAUAUGACAUGGAGAUGAGCACGAUGCGACGAUACGGAAGCGACAAGCCUAACAGAAUCUCACGUCCUCAUUUCCUUCCCUGGUCCUUUUUCGGAAUAGAUGCCUCAGAUCACAUAAGCAGAGUAGAAAGUGGCUACCAGAAUCGCCUACAGAUGACAUGAUCGGGCAGCUUGAGCGAGGAGUCCGACUAGCCUUGAGCGCAGGGCAUGGGCCAUGGAUACACGCAUGAGGGUAGGCUGCCAGCCCUGACCAGGAACAGGACGCAAUCUGGCCAGCCCCAGACACAGACGAAGCUUAUAUCCCAUCAACGAGACGUACACAAUAUCCAUGUGUAAAGCAGCGCGAGGAUGAAGGCAGUUCCAGUGGAUAAGCCUCGACGAGUGUGAAGAGAUUGUCUCAAGGCAGGACAGUGCACACUGUUGUCAUCUCUCGUAUGGGCCGUUCAUACCCCCAUCAGAAGGCGGAUAUCUCUCUCAUCAUAUCUUUCCGCCUUCAUCAGCUGGGCCUUUGUUUAUCGGACCGCUUUUUAGGGCGUGUGCCUUUAGUUUACUCACAAUUCAUGGCAUGAGCAUGGCGAAGGAUGAGAUCAAGUGGAGAAGUAUUAUGGCAUAGCUUGUCAAUGAGGAGAUGAGGAGCAGUAGAUGGGCGAUAUGUGUAUACGUUCAGGAAAAGAGACAAAGAAAGAAGAAGAUCAAUUCAAUGUCUGUCAGAAAGCUUUUG